AUGAAGCUCGUUCUCGCAACGAGCGGGCUGCUGCUCACGGUCCUUUCUACGAAUGCGCUUAUUUUCGAACUCCCAUCUCACUCCCUCAAACGAUCUGCACACCGCCGUGGACUUACUCACAAAGCUAAACGAGCCCCGACAUUGCCUGCGACUUGGUCCUAUUAUGGCUGCGUAACGGAUGGCGCCCAACGAACACUCGGCGCGGCCGGCUUCGAGUCUGACACUAUGACCGUCGAGGCUUGCGUCGAUUUCUGUGACCAGCGUAACUAUCGGUAUGCUGGGCUCGAAUAUUCCAAGGAAUGCUUCUGCGACAAUACAUUCCAAAACGGCGCCACCACGGCGGCUGCCUCUGACUGCAACAUGAUCUGCUCUGGAGAUGGUACCGAAGUGUGUGGUGGCGGUUACAGGCUUUCGACAUAUGCUUCCUCCAAGGGUCCACCAGGUCCUCUGCUCUCGUACAACGACUAUGGAUACCAGGGCUGCUAUACCGACUCGGCCGCGAUGCGUUCGCUCCCUGUCCCUAUGGGUUACGCCGGUUCUCUGACGCCCGAAAAAUGUAUCGAUGCAUGCUCUUCCGAGGGCUACGUGUUUGCCGGUCUCGAGUAUGCUGCGGAAUGCUACUGUGGAAACGUCAACGGCGGCGCAUUAGCAGAUGCAAGCGGUUGUAACAUGCCCUGCGCAGGAGACGGGUCGCAUAUAUGUGGUGGCGGCAACAGACUCACGUUGUACCAAGCUGGCACUCCUCCAGUUUCAUUGCCAACAACCUCCAGCACUUCGACGCAGGUUCAAACCUCGACCUCUACAUCCACAUCGACAGUCGUUUCGACUAGCAGCUCCGCCACGACAAGCUCCACCGGAGUCUCCUCUUCGGCUGGACCAGGAUGGAACUAUUUGGCAUGUUAUACCGAUAGCGUUGCGCAGCGAACCCUCAAUAUCCCGAUGGGCGUCCCUGACUUGACCAUUGAAAAGUGUCAGGACGCUUGCAAGGCUGCCAACUAUGUGUUCGCCGGUGUCGAAUAUGGUGCUGAGUGCUACUGCUCAAACACCAUUCUGGCCACAGCGACCGCAGCUGUUCCAGGAGCUUGCUCCAUGCCUUGUGCAGGUGACGCUGCCGAGAUUUGCGGUGGUGGAAACGCCAUCAAUAUCUAUCAGUAUGGAGGAACUUCCACUCCUCCGCCUCCCGGUCCCUCUGUUCUUCCUAGCUACAGCGGAUGGUCGGCUCAAGGAUGUUACAUCGACUCUGUUGCCGACAGGUCGCUUCCGGUUCCGCUUGCCGUCCCCGGAGGCCCCGCAGCGAUGACGGUCCAACUCUGCCUUGACGCGGCCUACGCCGCAGGUUAUACAUAUGCAGGAAUUGAAUAUGCCAGCGAAUGCUGGGUAGGGAAUACCAUCACGGUCGCGCAAGCCACGGAUGACCGAUGCAAUAUGCUCUGCAAUGGAAAUCAGAUGCAGAUAUGUGGCGGUCCAAAUGGUCUGACCCUCUAUCACUAUGACGGAGUCCAGUCUACCGUGUCGAGCACAUCCACCGAGGAGCCUACGUCGACGAGCUCGACUGUUGUUUCUACGUCUACCAGCUCGAGUACAGAAGAAUCGACAUCGACUUCUACAAGCUCAAGCACAGAAUCGAGCUCUUCGAGCACCGAAACGACGGAAACGUCCACCUCUACGAGCACGGAAUCUACGUCUACUAGCACAGAUUCCACAUCGACAUCGACGAGCACAGAAUCGACUUCUACAUCUACAAGCUCGAGCACAGAGGAGCCAACUUCGACCUCUACGAGCACAGAAUCCACGUCUACAUCUACUAGUACCGAUUCGACGUCCACCUCUACAAGCUCCAGCACAGAAGAGUCGACUUCCACUUCUACCAGCGCCGAAUCAACGUCCACAAGCACAGAAUCGACCUCUACGAGCACAGAAUCAACUUCCAGUUCUACUAGCACUGAUUCAACGUCUACUUCCACCAGUUCGAGCACCGAGGAGUCGACUUCUACCUCGACGUCAACUUCGACAACCGUUUCCGCCACGCCCACGGGUCCUAGCUUCCUUCAGACGUAUGGAAACUGGCAAUCUCAAGGUUGCUGGAGCGAUAAUGCAGCUGCUCGUUCGCUUCCCUAUGCAGCCAAUCUCAACGGCAUCACCACUCCUCAACGCUGUAUGGAUGCAUGCUACAAUGCAGGUUACAGCUAUGCAGGUCUCGAAUACGCCGCGGAAUGCUAUUGUGGAAAUGCUGUUGGCGGCGCAUUGGCAGACGACUCUGGAUGUAAUAUGCUUUGUCAAUCCGAUUCUCUUCACUACUGUGGAGGUCCUGACAGGCUCAAUCUCUACAAGUACAACGGCGUCGUUCCCCCUCCAACGAAUCCGCCCCCUGGCGGCGGAGGUGGAGGAGGAGUUCCACCACUCACGACUGGACUUCCUGGAACAUGGACGUACAAUGGAUGUUGGGUUGACAACGCCUACGGCCGUAUCUUCGGCUUCGUCCAGCCGGCCAGCCAGAGCAACUCCGCACUCAGCUGCAUCGCUCAAUGCUCUGCAGCAGGUUACAGUAUCGCUGGUACGCAGUACUCCCAAGAAUGUUGGUGCGGAAAUCAUAUGCAGAACGCGGCCGUUAAGGCUGCUUCGGAUGCUGAUUGUAAUAUGGCAUGCGCGGGUGAUCCAGAUCACGCGUGUGGUGGCCCCAACCGACUCACCGUCUACGCGGCUACGCCAACCUUCCCGGUCUAUCCAGUUCCUACCAUCAAGACCACUGGACUCCCUGGAUCGUAUGAAUAUCAUGGUUGCUUCGCAGAAGCCCCUGGUGGCCUUCGUCUCUUCGAGCAUAUUAUUGAGAGCCAAACCGCGACCACUGUAGAGGGCUGCCUCAAUCUCUGCAGCAGCUACGGCUAUCCCGCAGCAAGUUUGGAGUUUGGAACCCAGUGCUUCUGUGGAGACGUCGAGCAGAUUACGACGGCUCAGGCCCCAGAUGCAGAUUGCAAUAUUCCAUGCUCGGGAUCUCCGACAGACUAUUGUGGUGGAGUUGGUAAACUCAACAUCUACACUUGGAAUAUGACUCCAAAUCCACUCUUCGUCUGGAAUACACCCGCGAACACUGGCCGUUACGAAUUCCUCAUUGGCGGCGUGGUCAUCCCCCUUAUCGCAACGCUCGGCCUCAACAACAAGGUUACUUUCCUCGAGAAGUACGGAACUGGUGCACCCAAUUCGACAGGCGCAUACGAGCUCGAUCUUUCAAUCACCAACGACUUUGCUCACGCGUGGAGAGAGAUGCACGUCUCAUCCGACGUCUUCUGCGCCGCUAAUAUCGUGCUUCCCGAUCGUAAAGGACGUGUCAUCAGCGUCGGUGGAUGGUCAUUGGACAGCACCAAGGGCGUUCGAUUGUAUACUCCCAGCGGUUCGCCUGGUGUCAAUGGAACGACCGACUGGAUUGAAGAGUUUGACCUCAUUCAUCUCCAGGAUCAACGAUGGUAUCCCUCUGCUCUCGUAAUGGCCAAUGGCUCCAUCCUCGUUAUCGGUGGCGAAGAAGGCUCCAACGGCAAGCCCCGCCCUACCCUCGAGAUCUUGCCCAAACCUGAGGGCGGACCUACUUUGUUGACGAUGGAUUGGCUUCUCCGUACCGACCCUAACAACCUUUAUCCAUUCGUCUAUGUCCUGCCAACCGGAGGAAUCUUUGUCAUCUAUUACAACGAAGGCAGAAUUCUCGACGAGGUUACGUUUGCCACUACGAAGACGUUCCCGAUUGCCCCAGGCGCCGUCAGUGUACAAGGCGGAGGCCGUACCUAUCCUAUGGAAGGCUCUUCGGUCGCGCUCCCUCAGUACCCACCAUACACCGCGCCUCUCGAGAUUCUCACUGCGGGAAGUGCCUUUGGUCUCGCCCUCGACAACUGUGUCUCCAUCGAGCCAGAAGGCGCCGGUGAAUGGGUCAUCGAGCGAAUGCCUGGCGGUAAGCGUGUGAUGCCUAUAAUGGCUCCUUUGCCAGACGGUACAUACCUCAUCAUGGGUGGAGCGAAGAAUGGCGUCGCAGGCUUUGGUCUUGCCAACACGCCCAACCUUCAGGCCAUUCUUUAUGAUCCGUCGAAGCCUCGCAACCAGCGUUUCUCUAUCCUUGGUCAGACAAUCGUGGCGCGCCUGUAUCACAGCGAGGCCACUCUUCUUCCUGACGGUCGUGUUCUUGUCAGCGGUAGUGACCCAGAAGACAAUCUCAACCCUCAGGAAUAUCGCAUGGAAGUCUAUGUCCCACCCUACCUGACCGACGGCCGCAUUCCGCCCACGUACACCAUCGUGGAACGCGACUGGGAAUACAGCGGAACAUACCAGAUUACGGUCAACCUUCCCCAAGGGCCCAUCUCCAACCUGCGUAUCUCGCUCCUUGGCGCCAUGUCGACCACUCAUGGCAAUACGUUUGGCACACGCACAAUCUUCCCGGAGUUCUCAUGCACUGGCAAUGUAUGCACCAUCGUCGCACCACCCAACUCGCACGUCUGUCCGCCUGGAUGGUUCCAAUUGUUCGUAUUGGACGGGCCGACUCCCUCUCACAGCCAGUGGGUCCGCAUCGGUGGUGAUCCAGCAAACUUGGCAUCCUGGCCACCUUUCCCCGAAUUCAACGCACCCGGACCCGGUACCAUUUACGAAUAG